AUGAAAGCGGCCGGGACGGAGGGCGACGCCACCGACAAUGCAAGACUGUCUUACUGGUUAUGCAACUCGCCAGCUUUCGGAAGGCCGUCUGCGCUUAGUGAACGGUCGCGGCGCUCCGACUCCCCGAUUUCGCUGGUUAUUCGGCCGACCGUGGCCGAUGAAGCGACUGUGCGCCGCGCAUUCUUGCUUCUUCACCAAUCGCGACAAACUUCACGCCAGUUGUGCCCCAAACGUCGAGCGGGAGGGAGCUGUGCCAGUCGUCGCUUCAAAAUCAUCGUCAUUACAUUACUUCAUUAA